AACUCAAUAUAUAACUGUCGCACAAUAGUUUAAGCCACUUAGUGCUGUGUAGAGACUCAAUUAAUCAACUUCAAGACAAAGAAAAUAGUACAAAGUUUUUUUAAUAAGAUUGUCUGACCUAAAGGAGAAUCAUUCAAGAUGUCAAUAGAACGUAAUCAUCAUACAACAGUCAUUGAUGGAGGUUUUUCAACCCAACUUGCAGAAUAUGUUGGCAGCAACAUUGACGGUGAUCCAUUAUGGUCAGCGAGAUUUAAUGCUGUUCAGCCAGAGGCUGUCAUUCAAGCGCAUUUAGACUUUCUUAAUGCUGGUGCUGAAAUUAUUUUAACGAAUACCUACCAGGCAUCAAUUCAGGGCUACAAAGAAUAUCUUAAAUUGAAUGAUGAAGAGAGCUAUGAACUCAUAAAGUCAACAGUUAAACUUGCACAUGUUGCGCGCGAUAAAUAUAUAUCAUCAAACUGUGAAAACACAAAUCUCAAAAGGCCAUUGAUUUUUGCUUCCAUUGGACCGUAUGGUGCCCACCUUCAUGACGGAAGUGAAUAUACAGGAUCAUAUGAGAACAAAGUUUCUGUCGGUACAAUCAAAAAGUGGCAUAAAGUACGCAUACAAGCUUGUAUUGAGGCUGGUGUCGAUGGAUUAGCCAUUGAAACAAUUCCAUGUUUGAUGGAGGCACGAGCCGUUGUUGACUUGCUUCUCGAAGAGUAUCCAGAUGUGAAGUUUUGGGUGUCAUUUCAAUGCAAGGUGGAUGGAAAUGCUGUUGCAAAUGGCGAUAGCUUCUCCGAAUCUGUCAGAUCGAUAUGCAAGCAAGUUGAAGCUGCUCGUAAAAGACAGAAUUUAGUAGCGGUUGGAAUAAAUUGUAUUCAACCCGGCUUUGUGACUGAAUUAUUUAAAGAAGUAGAGAAAGAGGUCCAAGACUUUAAUAUUCCACUUGUUGUCUAUCCCAAUAGCGGAGAAGUUUAUACGGUUGAAGAGGGUUGGCAUGGAAAGAAUGACUGCAAGCCUUUGGAAGAAUACAUUGAAGAAUGGAUAAAAUUAGGUGCCGGCUACAUUGGCGGUUGUUGUCGUACAAAUGCAAAUGAUAUUAGAAAAAUUAAGGAAGAAAUUGAUGCCUUAAAAAAUUAAAAACGCUUUCAAUUUUUGUGAGAAUUGUAUUUGAAUUUUGUUAUAUUAUUUAAUCCACUUAGUUAAGAUCCACUAUUAUGAAAUAAAUUAAUCAGAAUUCUAUCUAAUGUUUCAAAACAUUUUCUUUGCGCUUGAUUUUUAUUUACUUUAAUUUUUUUUAAUAGUAUAUUUGUUUAUAGCUAUUUGAAUAAGAAUAUAUAUGAUUCUCAUUAUUACACUUAUUACUCGCUCAAUUAUUAGUUACGAUUUUAAUAAAAAUAGGGUAGGUGUAAGAUGCAUUAUAAAUGGAAUGAGAUGAAUAUCAUCACAAUGUCUUUUAAUAAAUGAAAUUGGUCUCAUACAAAAAAACGGCAUGUAUAGUUACAUUUAGAGAAUGAUAGAGAUAGGAUCCGCAUGUUGAGAGAAUAUUUUCAAAGCGUCAGCUCCAUUGCCAUAUCGAGUUAAUUAAUAUAUUAUUCCUUUUUUUUAUAUUUUUAAAGUAGUGUUUGUUCCACCAUGAUUUUAUCGUAGCCACUUGGGAUUGGAUAAUUAAAAUUGUCGACAAUAAGAUCAAGUAUCGCUCCAUCGUCCACAAAUAAGCAAGGGUAGAUUUCAUUACUAUUAUAUUCACCAUUGUUAUUAGGUUGUGAGCCAGUCACUUUAAUUAAUGAAGGAACAUUUAAAUUCUUUCCAUUUAAGUAGAAAUUCAGUUCAAUAUGAUCAUAAGUAAUUCCAAUGAUAUCUCCUUCUUGUGGCAAUAUUGAUCGUUGAUUUGAUGUUGAUUGUGUUGUAGGCAUGACAUGAUGAAUCUCAUUCGAGGAAUUAUUUUCUACAGGCAAUAAAUUCUCUGUAUCCUCAUUGAUACCAUUUGCUGUUGAUCCAUUCUCAUUCUGUGAGCUAUACAAUUCAUUUAGAUCAAAAAUCACACUCCCAUCAUUCAUAACAAGAUUCUCAGCAUUUAGGCACCAACUGAAUUUAUCCAAACCUCCUCGAGUUUUAUUGAGAUCAGCAUUAAGGGUACAUAAUCCAAUACUCCAGUGUCCUGUUUGUUGGAUUUUCACCUCAAAAUAGCUUUUUGAUUGUAAAAGUGCUUGAUUUAAAAUUGCUCCCCCAGUUCCACAUAAUCGCUUUCCAUUUUUGAGCACCACGACUUCCUGACCUGAAAAAAUGUAGAUUUAUGAGUAAUGAAUUUAUCUACGCCUGAUUUCACGAUAAUACAUUUCAUUUCCAUAAAAUAUCGAGUUUUUCCGUCGGAUCAAUAAGAUCCAAGGAUACCGUACUUGCAUUUUAAUGGAAAUUGCGAUUUACAUGCAAAAUACUAAAAUAUUAUUUUCUUCUUCUUGAACAAUAUUGAAAUAUUUUAUUUUUUCGUACCUAUGUGUCCUGAAUCCAGCGA